AUGAACGCCGCGACUUUACCCCCACCUCCCUCGUCCCCGAGCCCUGCUAUGGAGGGACGGGAACUCUCGAAUUCCAGUCACGACGAGGAGGAUUUUGACACGGUUGGAGAACAUAAUACAUCUUCUGUUAUGGGAGACGGCCCAUCUGGAGAUUCUGAGAAUAGGACGCACAGCAAACAACGACGGAAGCGAACUAGGCCCGAAGACCAAGCCAUCCUCGAAGCAGAGUUCAAACAAAACCCGAAACCAAACAAAGCAGCGCGUGCCGUGAUCGUGGAGAAGGUCACUCUGAAUGAGAAAGAAGUACAGAUAUGGUUCCAGAAUCGACGCCAGAUAAACAGAAGAAAGUCGCGCCCGUUACUACCACACGAAAUUGCCGCGUUUGGGAUUGGAGGCAUGGCAGCCCUCUCGUCUGAUCCUGCAUCGGCAUCCUGUUGUAGUAGUCAGGAGACAGAGGAAGCAGGACCAAGCUCGCAACAAGAAAUGAUUAGCAGUCAGGAAGAUGUAGAGGGUGCUCGGGAAACGGAACAGCCAGCACCAGAGAUACCACAGGUGCCUGCCGAUACUUCGGAGACCAAGGUGCAAGAAGGUAUCGCGUGCGAUAAGCAAUCGACAAUACAGCCAAUGAGUUCGGCCUCAAAUGUCGAGUCACCCAUAAUGAGUUCCAGCAAUGGGAACAGCUCAAUAUCUGUACCUGAAACUGUCACCACAUCGUUCUCCUCCACACCUGGACAUAUGACCGGAAAGCCCAUCGAUGGCUCAUUUUCUAUGCCUUCACCUCAACUAACCCGCACCUCAACUCCACCAACUGAUAGUGCGAUACAGCCCACUUCAUGUCCUGGAAGAGUUGAUCAUCCCCAACAAUCCAGUCCUGAGAGUCAACAGCCAACUCCUAUUUCUCAAAUACGAUUAUCAAUGUCCCUUGACGGAAAGGCAGAACUUACUUCAUCUGAGCCGUCGCCUCCUCGAUCACUCCCUCCACGACCGUCGUCUUCAGAAGAUAUCAUCCCCCAGAAGCGAACCAGGAUACUUCAACGGAGCCACAGCGCCUAUCCUCUCGGUCUCCAAGCGGCGCAAGCAUUAGCAUUAGCAACCAAACCUUUCGUACCUCGACUAGCUACUGGUCGGUCAAGGGACGCACGUACCUGGGAGUUCUGUUGCGAUUCGGAUGCUCAAGACGAAUUGACGACGCAGGCUGAGAAUGAGUCUCAUGGCUCAGCCGUUGCCGCAAUUAGCCUACUACGCUCCACGAGUAAUUCUGUGCUUAAACCAAAUAGCAAUAAACGGAACGCGCCGUCCACGAAAUAUGAAUCAAGCAAGCAGGGCAAGAAGCCUAAGUUGGAGAGGGCAAUGUCAAGUCUUGCAAGGUUGCAGAAUCCAGCCAAGUCCUCGAAACCAUCACAGAGUACGGAGAAUAACGGGAAAAAUCGCUUUCUGAGAUCUCCAUCCGGGGACUCAGAUAAGGAAAAUUGGAUUCCGCAUGAAAAUGGAGGUAACCCCCGUCGUCGACCAUUACCUUCCGCACGAGCGGACAACCGCACAAGUUCGAGGGCCAUCCUUGGAGAUAACCUCAGCGUGCUUUCACAUGCUGUCAAUUUUGGCGGUCCCUCAAAACAUAAACAGAAGAAGGGGAAGGAUGCAGGGCCGGAUCUUUUUGAAGACCAGGAGAAUGGUGAGGAUGCUGGUGAGGAUGUGGAGAAGUUUAUGCGUGGCGAGAUAAGUCCGAGUAAGAAGGGCGAUUUAGAUUGCGUGCAAGGCCUACUGUCUUUGAGUCAAGGGAACUGGCGAUAG